AUGGCCUCGACAUGGCCCACGGUACGACCCUCGUCUCCUCCCGACGAUUCCCGCCGACAGAGCGCAGCCUCGCUAUCCGCUUCGUCUUAUUUGACUGCACCUCAGACAUCACCUAGCUCUAGGUCUUCUUCUCGCUCUUCUGACACUCACACCAUCAGUCCUGCUGACCCUAUCGCUACUCUGCAUGCGCUUGCGGUCGGAAAACCCCCAGCUCAGGAGUUGCACAUCGUCAGCGUGACCGAGGGCGCCGUUUCGCUCGAACCCGCGGAAGUUGCGUUACGGAAGGUCGGUUCGCGGACGCACCAUCCUUCAGAGAGCACCGACUCCACGAUUGGUCCCCCACCUCCAUCUCCCCCGUCGAGCGUCGACCAUGACCACGACAAUGCCGGUCCGGUUCCGAUCCUGCUACCUCAAAAAGCUGAGCCUUUGAGCCGGCCCGUCACAUUCGACGAAGCCAUCCAGCAGGGCACUUCCCCUCGCGGCUUUUAUCGCGUCUCUUCCUCCUCGUCUUCUCAGGGUGUUCGCUCCGUGCAGAGUGCCGAGGUGCCUCGCACCGGGCCAGCCGCACAGACGUCGCCCGAUGGAUAUCUUCAAGCGUCUACCGCGCAACUCAGACCGUCGAGACGGAAUACCACAGGGUCGAGCAUGCCGCUAUCCUCACCGCCGCUACGGUCGAAGACGAUGCACGCGCACACACCGUCUUAUGCGCUAGAUGACACCGACAUCGAAGGAGCUCUCGCUUCAGACAUUCAGCAGCAGGCGGAGCAGAUCCGGCGGGAGCGGUUGACGAAGCGGGCGAAGGCCCAGCAAGAGGCGGAGAAAGCGAAGGCUCAGCAGGAGGCGGAGCGCGCUCUCACUCGGACGAUGUCAAUGCGCGGGGGAGAUCGACCGUUAGUGGGCAAUCUCAUCGGCGAGGACCACGUGAAUUAUGUGCUUAUGUACAACAUGCUGACAGGAAUCCGGAUAGCGGUGUCUCGAUGUCAAGCCAAAAUCAGACGGCCGUUGACACCUGAAGAUUACACCGCAAAACAUAAAUUCUCAUUUGAUAUCGUCGGGAACGAGUUGACACCGUCGGCGAAGUACGACUUCAAAUUCAAGGAUUAUGCGCCAUGGGUGUUUCGGGAGCUGCGGGAGGAUGUCUUCCAGCUGGACCCGGCAGACUACCUGCUGUCACUCACAGCAAAGUACAUCCUGUCUGAGCUGGGCUCGCCUGGCAAGUCCGGCUCGUUCUUCUACUUCUCACGCGACUACCGGUUCAUCAUCAAGACGAUACACCACAACGAGCACAAGUUCCUGCGCAGUAUCCUCCCGCAGUACUACGAGCAUGUGAAGAACAACCCGCACACGCUACUGUCCCGCUUCUACGGUCUCCAUCGUGUGAAGCUCCCUCGAGGUCGGAAGAUCCAUUUCGUCAUCAUGAACAAUCUCUUCCCUGCACAUCGUGAUAUUCACGAGACGUACGACCUCAAGGGUUCCACGGUGGGUCGCGAAUAUCCUGAGGACAAAGCACGGGAGAAUCCUCGCGCGACGCUGAAGGACCUGAACUGGAUCAAAAGAGGGAAGGUGCUGGAACUCGGCCCGGAGAAGCGUGCACUUAUCACUGAGCAGCUCCGGCGCGAUUCGGAGCUGCUCAAGCAGCUGCAUGUCAUGGACUACAGUCUACUCGUUGGCAUCCAUAACAUGCGUCGUGGCAAUCGCGAUAAUGUUCGCAGCAAUAUGCUCAAGGUGUUCUCUCCGGAGAUGCCGCUCAUCCGGCGCAAGCCAACACAGAGUAAGGGCGCGUUGUCGCCAGAGGCGAUCGCGCUCCGGCGCAUCAUGCGACAAUCCGAUCCCAAGCAGCUGGGCUCGGACACGCUGAAUCUACCAGAACAGGACACGGGCGAACGCGCACAAUUCAUCUUCUAUCAGGAUGAGGGUGGAUUACGCGCCACGGACGAGACAAACGAUGAUAUGGACCAGCUUUAUUACCUCGGCGUCAUCGACAUCCUUACGCCGUACUCAGCCCUAAAGAAAUUGGAGCACUUUUGGAAAGGUCUGUCGGCAGACCGGCACAAGAUUAGCCCUGUCCCUCCCGUCGAGUAUGGGGACCGCUUCUUCUCAUUCAUGAAGGCGAUCAUGCGCGGCGGGGAAGGCGGUGGUCGAUUCAAGUCCGAAUAA